AAUCUAUAGAUUACUCGAUUACUAAAAUAAUCGUUUACAACACCCCUACAUUAAAUUAAAUCAAAGUUUACAUAUGACUUUGAAUGAGUUGUAGUUGAUUACAAGAAGAGCUGAAAUCAGUAUCUUUUGGUAAAACACUGAUCAGUUAAUCAAAAGACUCUAGGAGGUGUUUGAAUUAAUUGUUUCUAGACAUGUAGAUGUUUUAAUGUUCCAAAAAUGAUCAAGUAUCAAGUCUGUGUACAUUUUCACCCGUACCUGCUGUGCUUGGAAAAGCUUUCAUACUGCUUCAACUUUUUCAUAAGGUGUCACAAUAUAGCCACAAAUAUCAGCAAUUUUGUUUUAAGAAUUCGUAUCUUAUCACCACAAACUAAUGCAUACUUAUGAAUUGAAAGGAAAAUCAAGAUUGCAUUCUCCUAAAUAAAAAUUUAAAAAUACAGAUGUCGUGAAUAAAGUUGUGGAGAAAUUUAAAGUUUAGUUAAGUUGUAAAACAAUAUCCCAAUUUUUGAACGUCUCACAAAGCUUUGUUCAAUCUACCUCCUGCCAACCUGCCUCGACGUAAUCGUCCAUCUAAACCAGGGAAAUGAUGUGUUUCUGCUGCUUUCACACAGCUUAUUCAAAUAGCUGAAUUUAUUUCUUCGCAUGUCCUCGAGAUCUACUGGCCCAUUUGUUUAGGAAAACCUCUACAAGACGCAGAACUAACUGUGAACACCUCAGAAAGGCCAGGGAAGGAGAACAUUAUUCAGAUAAGCAGCUAAGAGAGCCACGGUGACCCUGAAAGAGUUUCAGAGAUCCACACCUCUGGUUGGAAACUCGGGGCAGCUAUUGAUCCAUGUCUCAAAUCUGCCCUCUAUUGAAGUGACGGGAAGAAAGCUUCUCUAGUAAAAUGUAAACAAAAUGCUAAGUUUUAGCAUCCAUGAAUGGAAGUAAUGAAGAAUACACAAAAAUCUGAACACUGAUAUCUUUAGGGUGACGUCAGCAUUAUGCUGCGGUCAGGCUUUUUGUCAUCCGGGACAGUUGAGCAGUUAAGAUCAUGUAGUCUGAGGUAAAUGCAGGACAAUCCUGGUAGACCACAGAAGCUACAACAUAUUUAAGACUUGGACUGAGGUUCACCUCCCAACAGAAGAACAACCCUAACAGUACAGUCAGAAUGACAAUUGGAUAGAUAGAUCGCAGUUCAUUUGUGCGUUAGAAUGAAUGAACUGCGAUGUAUGGACCAGUCAAAGUCCACACAUACAUCUCGUUGUUGUUUUCCGCAAGUCUGACUGAGCUGUAGAUAUUUUGCAAACACUAUUGGCAAAUAUUUUAGUCUCGGGGUGUGAAACGCCGUUUGGAGAUGUGCCUAAAAACAGAACAGAUCAUAGCAGUGAAAGGUGGUUCUGCAAAUACUGACUUCAAUCACAUUAGGUUGGAAACAAAACGUCAGAAUCUCAUAGUUUAAAGUAUAAAUCAGGUUAAUAACAUCUGUUCACACAUAUUUUAUCAAACAUGAAUCAUAACUCAAAUAAGUUUCAUGCUCACUUUGACGCAAUCUGUUGCUGAUAUUCUGCUCAGAAUCUCCAUCAUGUUUUCACCCUCUUCCGCCGAGCUGCUUCUGGUCAGCUGAUCUCUAUCACGUGACUGGACGAGCCGCGUUCACUUGUAGUAGGAAAAAAUACUGUUCCCCCCCCACCCCUCUCCGUCAACCUUCAAGUCACGGGAAAUAGAGCGUUGUUCAGUUCCUCUCCGAACAGAGGAGCUGUCUCAUUGCCUUUUGAGACAAAGCGCCGGAUGUACCAGCUCAAGUAGUUGCAAACCCGCCCGCAAAAAGAGGAGAGGAGCGUGUUCGUCACCACUUAUUUACCAGGGGGACGUGUCUUGCAUCCUGCUUCUUUUAGUUUCAAGUCUUUUGUCCUUUUGUUGCGACUCCAGAGAUGUGACAUAAAAGAUCCAGCCGACAGCAGUCGUCGAGCCCACCGGCCACGGAUGGAAACAAACAGCUGGAAGGACGUCGUUGAGAGAGUUGAGGAAGAAGCCGGAGUUCCACGCGGGAGUGGGGGCCCGGCCGCAGCUCGGGCUGCGUAGAUGGAGCGCUUCCACUGGGUGCGACAUCGCUGUCGGCAGCUUCUGGCCGUAGACUCAGAGCGAGGCUGGUACUCUCCGCCUGAUGGCCUUCCGAGCAAAAGCUCCCCUCACAGGGUCAGCGGCAGGAGGAGGACGGUGUUGGCCCGCCACGGCCCCCACCAGCAGGAAUAUGAAGCCAUGUCCAAGAAGUACAAGGGCAACGGCAUCCGCACGACGAAAUACACUCUGUUGACAUUUAUCCCUAUGAACCUGUUCCAGCAGUUCCACAGGGCGGCCAACCUUUACUUCCUGUUCCUGGCGUUGCUUAACUGGGUUCCCGUGGUGGAGGCCUUUGAGAAGGAGAUCACAAUGAUCCCUCUGCUGGUGGUUCUCACGGUUAUCGCCAUCAAAGAUGCACUGGAGGACUACAGACGGUACUUGUUCGACAAGAAGGUCAACAACAACUUGGUGCGCGUGUUCUGCGGGUGAGUUCACCCAAACUCAA